AUGUUUUUACUUAAGAAUGUGAUCAAAGGUCCAAUUUCUUUUGCAAGUCUACGAACUGUGCAAGGAGUGACGUACGAUACAUUUCAAGAAGCAUGCAAAGCAAUGGGUUUGUUAGAAGAUGAUUUACAAUUGGAAAACACAUUAUCUGAAGCUACUGUAUGUUUUACUUCACCGUCUAUAAGAUAUUUAUUUGCCAUUUUGAUAGUAUUUUGCCAAGUAACAGACCCGAUAAGGCUUUGGCAAGAUCAUCGUGCAAGUAUGGCUGAAGACGUAUUGUUUCGAAAACAAAAAGAUUGUCCAUCAGAUGAUAUAAAUUAUGAUGAAAAUAUUUUUAAUGAAGCUUUACUUGAGUUGAAAAAAGUGGUGCAAUCAGUUUCUGGCAAAAAUAUCACUGAUUUUGGAUUAAUUCUAUCGAACAAUAUAGAUCUGAAUACCAAUACUGAAUACUUGCGAGAGACGUCCUACGAUAGUGUCCGUCUAUUACAGGUCGUUCAAAAUGAGAGACGUUUAAACUCUGAUCAGAAAACGGUUUAUGACGCAGUAAUGACAUCUAUUUAUAAUUACGAAGGCAAAACAUUUUUCCUUGAUGCCCCUGGAGGUACAGGAAAAACAUUUUUAAUUAAUUUAUUGCUCACCAAAAUAAGAACAGACAGAAAAAUCGUUCUUGCUGUGGCUUCAUGUGGAAUUGCAGCUACUCUUUUAGAAGGUGGUCGAACUGCGCAUAGCACUUUCAAGAUCCCACUAAAAAUGUCCUACGAUGACACAUCAAGUGUCUGUAAUAUAUCCAAACAAAGCAACACUGCUCAAUUGAUGCGGGAUUAUGUAUUCAUUGUUUGGGACGAAGCAUCCAUGUCCCACAAAAGCUCGGUUGAGGCAUUGGAUAGAACCUUGCGGGUCUUACGUAAUAAAAAUACAUUAAUGGGUGGCUGUACAGUCUUAUUUUCUAGAGAUUUUCGUCAAAUCUUGCCAGUUGUAGUAAGAGGAACGAGAGCUGAUGAAGUCAAUGCAUCAUUAAAGAGAUCUUACAUUUGGCCAGACAUAACUAAAUUGAAACUUAAAACUAAUAUGAGAAUAUUAUCAUCUGACCAAGGAAAUAAAACUUUUGCUGAUGCUUUACUCCGUGUUGGUAAUGGUCAGUCACUGACUAGAAAUGGUAAAAUUGAUCUGUCUGAGCUUUGUUUUUUGAUGUCUAAUUUGAUGGACCUAAUUGAAAAUGUUUACCCAGAUUUACCUAAUAUUUCGACUAAAACGCCAAGUUCGUUUCAAGAAAAAGCAAUAUUGUCACCAACUAACGAUCAAGUCAAUAAAAUAAAUGACAUGAUACUGUUAAAAUUCAACGCACCAACAAAAGUUUACUAUUCCAUUGACACUCUUUUAGAUGCAGAGGAGGCGAUACAUUAUCCAACUGAAUUUUUAGUUUCUUUAUCACCUUCAAGGACCCCACCACACAAAUUAAUUCUAAAAAUAGGGUCUCCUAUAAUUUUACUUCGUAACUUAAGUCCACCUAAAUUAUGCAACGGUACAAGAUUACAAAUAAAGUCUUUAAAAAACUGUCUGCUUGAGUGUAUAAUCCUUACUGGCUGCGGAGCUGGGGAAAUGGUCUUAGUUCCUAGAAUACCAAUGAUACCAACCAAUUUGCCAUUCCAGUUCAAACGGCUCCAAUUUCCCGUGAAAUUAAGCUUUGCAAUGACUAUAAGGCACAAGGUCAAACAUUAA